GGAAUAUUUUGACACAGUUGAAUGAAUCGAUUGGUAGACGGAAGCGGGGUAGUGAAAUGAAGAAAUCGGGAACGACGUCUUCAUCGGUGGCGGUGGCGGUGGAAGGACAGAAGCGUGGGAAGUGGGGAUACAUUUGGCCACUGUGGGCGACGUUGUUGCUCCACCUCGUUGCCAUUCUCCUUUUCACGGCCGGUUUUCUCCUAACCCGAACCGAGCUUCCAUACCACAGUCAUUGUUCGGACGUGUCAAGCUCCCCUUGCUUCUCUUCCGACAACGGAUCUUGCUGGACUAAACCCGCAGUCAACCGUCUUGUCCUCAUCGUUCUUGAUGCUCUCAGGUUUGAUUUCGUGGUUCCCAGUGCCUUCUUCGCAGAGUCGAAACCGUGGAUGGAUAAAUUGCCAGUUUUGAAGAAUGCGGCGUCGACGCGACCGUUGUCUGCAAGGAUUUUCAAAGCCAUUGCUGAUCCGCCUACCACAAGUUUGCAGCGCUUGAAGGGUUUGACAACUGGUGGACUUCCGACUUUCGUCGAUGUUGGUAAUAGCUUUGGUGCCCCGGCAAUUGUCGAAGAUAAUUUUAUAAAUCAGUUGGUUCAAAAUGGAAAGAAAGUUGUCAUGAUGGGGGAUGAUACGUGGACUCAGUUAUUUCCUCAUCAUUUUGAAAGAUCUUAUCCAUACCCGUCUUUUAACGUCAAAGAUCUUCAUACGGUUGACAAUGGGUGCAUUGAUCACCUAUUACCAUCCUUAUAUGAAGAAGAUUGGGAUGUUCUUAUUGCCCAUUUUCUUGGAGUGGAUCAUGCAGGACACAUAUUUGGUGUUGACUCUACCCCAAUGAUAGAAAAGUUGGAGCAAUACAAUACCAUCUUAGAGAGAGUUAUUGAAGUUCUGGAAAAUCAGUCUGGACCUGGGAGCUCACAUGAAAAUACUUUGCUUGUGGUCAUGGGUGACCAUGGACAAACAUUAAAUGGUGAUCAUGGUGGUGGGAGUGCUGAAGAGGUUGAAACUGCCCUUUUUGCCAUGAGUUUUAAGAAGCCUCUUUCUUCUGUACCUGCAGAAUAUGAUUCUUGUUCUUGUCAACAGGAUCUGGAUGGGAAGAAUGUUUGUUUCAGCUCCAUGCAGCAGCUAGACUUUGCAGUAACAAUCUCAGCAUUGCUUGGCGUACCUUUCCCAUAUGGAAGCAUUGGUUAUAUCAAUCCCGAAUUAUACGCUUUGGGAGCAGAUAGUUGGAAUUCUAAUGCCUCUCAAAAGCUGUCAGAAUCAGAUGUCUGGAUGCAUAAUUAUGCUAAUGCGCUGUGCAUAAAUUCUUGGCAGGUGAAGAGAUAUGUAGAUGCUUACUCAGCUUCAUCAGCAGUUGGAUUUUCUCGUGAUGACUUAUCACGAAUAGCAAACAUCUAUGCUGCAGCGGAGAAUCAUUGGUCACAGUCCACCAAAAAGCUUCUGCUUGAUAGACAAAAUGACAGCAAUACAUCAGUGUCUGCACUUAAGAAGCAAAUUGAAGCAUACUUCAAGUUCCUAACAGCAGUCACUGAAUUAGCUCGGUCUAAAUGGACUGAAUUUGAUUUGAAUAUGAUGGGAGUUGGCAUUGGAAUCAUGUUAAUAUCACUUAUAUUUCAAGUUUUUACCAUUUUAAGGACAACCAAGGAGCAUGAUGGGACAUUUUCAUCGUAUGGAGAUUCGUGGAUUGGCAAUGCCUCAAUUCUUACAAUCUUUUUACUGGGCAUUCGUGCAUUCAGUUUCCUUUCAAACAGUUAUAUCUUGGAGGAAGGGAAAGUAGCGAAUUUUCUUUUGAGCACAUCUGGAAUUGUGACAUUACGCCAAUCAGUUAACAUGGGAAAGCUGUUUAUAGAAAGCAUUGGGUUUCUUAUUUUGAGCACAUUUUGCCGAUUUGCAAUUGAAGUUGGGCUGUCCAAGCAGGCUGCCACAUCUGCUUUUAUGAAAGACUAUUCCUCAUGGAUCAUCAACAUAGCCUCAGGUUUACCUGUUUGGGACUAUGCAGCUGAAGUUGUCCCAAUACUUGUUCUGAUUAUGUUGGCAGCUUGGCUGUACAAGGCCACCAGUGGCUGCUUCUUUGAUUGGCCAUGGAAGUUUGUCAUACUGGGCACUAUAUUAAGUUAUAUGCUAAUAAUUGCUCAUUGGAUCACAGACAGUAAUAGAUUUGAUGGCGCAUUGAUACCUCAAAGCAUUGGAAGAACUUAUAUUCCUAGAAUCAUUUAUGCUAUUGCUUUGGGGCAGUUAUUUUUUCUGACAUUUGGUCAAUUAUUUAAGAAAAGCGAUUUAGAUUGCAAAACAAAUUUAGUUGCAAAAACAACAUCCAUGUUAUCUGCGUGGAGUUCAACUGUCAUUCUUCUCUCAGGAAAACAGGGUCCCAUUGUUGCUUUUGCGUCCAUGGUUGGAGGUUGUUUUAUUAUGAAGUUUGUUAACAUAGAAGGUGGUAAGGAUGGACCUCAGAGAAGUUUUUCUAUCAUGCAAUGGAGCCUCUUUGCUACGUGUCUUUUCUUCUGUAGUGGUCACUGGUGUGCAUUUGAUGGUCUCCGCUACGGUGCUGCAUUUAUAGGGUUUGAAGAAUUUGUGCUUGUUCGCCAAGCAAUCCUCCUUACUAUUGAUACAUUUGGCUUUUCUAUCAUUCUUCCAGUUUUUGGACUCCCGUUUCUUGUAGCAAUCAAGUUCCAGGCUAAUCUCGGAAGGCAUUUUGUUUUCACACAAUUGUCUCAAAUAUACACAACAUAUGGGCUCAUAACAGCAAUUACGACCACUUUCACGAUACUAUGUGUCACAAUCCAAAGGCGGCAUCUGAUGGUUUGGGGUUUGUUUGCUCCGAAGUUUGUUUUCGACGUGUUCAAUCUUAUUUUGACGGAUGCAUUAAUUUGUUUGGCCUCAAUUUACUAUUUUGAUGAAGGGAGGGAUGAUCCAGAACUGAAAUCACCAGUUCGCUGAAUAGCAUACGUAUACUAUCCAUUUACAUUUUUUUGUUUAUGUUUCUCACAAUUUGAGCUUUUACCUUUUAUUACAAUAGUGAAACUGAAACAUACGGAACUUGCAGUCUUCCCCCUCCCGCUGAGCGAAUUUUGUCCACUAAUUAUGUAAUAUAGAAAUAUUUGCAACUUAAAUUGAUUUUUUCUUACCCAAUCAA